AAUGAAUAAGCCACUAGCUCAUAAAGUGUUAGCCAAGUCUUUGGAUAGAGAAAGUAAGCAAGGGAAGAGAUCCACAGGUGCCUUGUUUGACCCUCCCAAACAAACCAAGAGGAGAAUAAAGAGUCCUAAUACAUGAAAGAAAAAUAAAAACAUGACCAGUUUCACAAAAUUUCACGCAAAACUAAGCGCAAUCGGAGUCUCUAACGCCUGGAUCGAAAGUGUUGCUGAAAGACUUACAAGAAAUGAUAGAGCCAAGAGCAGGAAUAAUUACUCUGAGUUAAAAUUAUGCAAAACACGGAAAAGAAUCAAGACUAACUUCAAGAUGAAGAAUGCUAAGAGGAAGCUUGCCAUUCAGCAUAUUCGUGAUGAUGAUAAGGGCAAUAGAAAUACCCAAGAGGUAAACCCUAUUGCUUCAGUCGAUGGAGCUGCACUUUCUAAGAGAAAUUUUAACAAAUGUUCACUCAUGCAGAGAUCAAUGAAAUCUAUCAAAAAUGUAGACUACACUGAUGGUUUAAUGAGAAAGCCGACUAGGACAACCCGAGCUACAAAAAUGAGUAUCAGAGCUCCAAACUCUUCAGCAAGUAAAAGUAAUUCUGAAACGAUUGUGAAUCCUGAUACUGUCAGAUACGAAAAACAGAAGUUACAGAUUGAGACUUUAAAAGAGCAGAUCAAUAUUACAGAGAGUCCAUCUCCUCAAUUAUUCACAAAUGAUCCAAAUAAGUUGGCCAUAGAGGAAUCUGAAGAUUAUUUAAAUUAUGAGUGGCUAAAGCCCACUUCGUUAGCUCCUAAUAACAAAAAUAAGAAGCCUUAUAUACUUCCGAACUUGCUAGAACCGAUUCCUUACAUCCAAGAGUCUCCUAUUACCUUCAAAUUCACAGACCUCACACAGGAGGAAGAACUGGUCCACUUACCCAAAGUUGAGAGUUGUUCUUCAACAAGUCAGGAAAAUUUUUAUGAUAUCAAUGAAGAGAGUAGCGAAGUUGUUCUGUUCCAAGAAAGUAUGGCCUUUGAAUAAGAGAAUUUUCAUUAAUUUUCUGUAAGCAAUGGCUCAAUUUUAA